AUGACCAGCCAACUGGGCGCCCUGGAUGAGCUGGUGGAACUGGUGGAGCAGGAGCAUGACACGCCGACCAGCGGCGUGCUGCGCGCACUCAACACGAAGCCAACAAUGGGCUUUGACGACGUGCUGGUGGCGCCCUGGUCGACCCGCGACGCGCUGCGCGGCGUGUGGGCGGCGGCGCUGCGCGAGCCCCUGACGCCCGACCUGGGCGUCCUGCUGCGCACGUACAUGCCGCACCUCGAGGCGCUGCAUUACGAAGGCGAGCCGGGCCGCCGCGGCUGCGACGGUGUUGCCGCAGCGGCGGCCCGGCGCUUGGCGGGCAUGCAAAACUCUCGUGUUGCCCGGCGCCGCGCUUGCCCCGCCCACACCGCGCCAGCCCCCACCCCCGCCGACCUGGCGCUCGUGCUCGAGUUGGUUGCAGCUUGCGAGCAGGCGCCCGGCAGCUUCCGCCUGCGGCUGCUGCGCCUCGAGCUCGCGCCCGAGGUGGCGGGCCUGACGCUCACGAUCAGGGGCGGCGGCGGCUGCGGCGGCGGCGGCGGCGCUGAGGGACCAGGGCUAGCGCCUCAGGCUGCCGUCGGCGUGGGGCUGCGCCUCUCGGCCGACCGCGCGUGGGGGGACGAGGCGGCCGCGCGGCUGCGCGCGGCGCUGCCGGCGUUCCGCCGCCUGCAGGUGCUGCUGCUGCGCGGAGCGACGCCGCGGCAGGAGGCGGCGCUGGCGCAGGUGCGGCGACGCGGGGGCGUGCUUGGCCGCAUCCACGCUGCAGCAGGCUCGCGGACCUGGAAGCUGCCCUGA